AUGAAUAAGCAAACAAUGUCUGGACGUGGGAAAGGUGGUAAAGGUUUAGGCAAAGGAGGUGCCAAGCGGCACAGGAAGGUGCUGCGGGAUAACAUCCAGGGCAUCACCAAACCUGCCAUCCGCCGCCUGGCUCGGCGCGGCGGCGUUAAGCGUAUCUCGGGUCUCAUCUAUGAGGAGACCCGCGGCGUGCUGAAAGUCUUCCUGGAGAACGUGAUCCGGGACGCCGUCACGUACACAGAACACGCUAAGAGGAAGACAGUCACCGCCAUGGAUGUUGUCUACGCUCUCAAGCGCCAGGGCAGAACCCUCUACGGAUUCGGCGGCUAAGUCAUCUCCCUUUUGCAAGUCCGCCAAGGAAAACCAAAGGCCCUUUUCAGGGCCAAC